AUGCAAGCUGUGCGCCAUCACCCUCCCGGAGGCACUGAGAAGCUCAGGAUCGCUUGGGAGGACAUACCAGAGAUCGACGACGAUGAAGUACUAGUCAAAGUUCACGCUGCCAGCGUCAUCUGGAUGGAGCUCUAUUGGGACAUCUAUCGGAAGGAGGACGGCACAUACAAAACCCCUAUCCUUGGAGAAGACUACUCUGGCGUUAUCGCCAAGGUGGGGUCGAAGGUGCCCAACGACAGCGGUCUCCAAGUUGGCACCGAAGUCAUGGCAUUCAUGAGCAAGGCAUUCCCCACCAAGCGAAGCAUUGACGGCGGCAUGGCCGGCUAUGCGAAGGCUCAAUUCUCCCAUAUGGUUCCAAAACCCCGGAGUCUUAGCCUUAUCGAUUCUGCGUCGGUGCCCCUUUCCGCUCUCACCGCGUGGCAGGGCCUUUUUGACCAUUGGAACCUAUCAGCUGGACAGACCCUCCUUGUUACCGGAGCGGCUGGUCCGACUUCGAUCUGGGCCGUCCAACUUGGCAAGAUGGUUGGGGCUCGCGUCAUCGGUACGGCGUCAUCUGAAGAAAGCUUCAAGCUCCUCAAAUCGUUCGGAGUGGACGAGGUCCUGAACUACAAGGAGGUCAAGCUAGACUCAGUUCUGGAAAACGUCGAUGUCGUCUUUGAUACCGUGGGCGGCGAUACGUCGAGACAGGCGCUCAAGACUCUCAGCAAAGACGGCAAGCUUAUUUACCUUGUUGGUCAACCGCCCGAUGACAUCGCUAAGGACCCUAGGGUGGACUUCUUCAUUGUCGAUAUGAAUGCGGAGCAGCUAGCCAAGAUUGCGGACUCGAUCGAUGAGGGUAAGCUCAAACCGGUCAUCGACUCGGUCUUUGACUUCAAUGAUGUAGUAAAGGCUUUCGAAAAAGGGGAAACAGGGCACUCUCAUGGAAAGAUUUUGCUCAAGGCGCCCAAUGUGUAA